CAUCAUCCAACCAGGUUGUGAAAGAAGGAAUUGUUAACUUAGUCUGGAUGUUGGCCAAGGGUUGACUGAGUCUGUAGUAUUUGAUUGGAACCUUUUAUUUACACAUCCAGCUUUAGCCCUUUCCUGUCAGGAGCUAGAUUCCAUAAUACUGCAGUCACUAAACCAGCUCUCUCGUAACGAACCUUGUAAAAAAAUGCUGAAAGUCUCUUGAGAAUACUUUGUGGGUUAGGGUCAGAGCUCUUACAAUCUAAAGUUAGCACGCAGCAGCUAAAUUUAGUGUAUUAUAGUCAGAGGCUGCAAGUGAAGUUUAAACAGUUUCUGUCCGUGGCAGGGUGCAUAAAGUUAUCGUAGAACAAGCCCACAGUUCACUGUGCAGUCAGCGAAAUAAACAGGAAGUUUUACUCAAAAUGGGAGCUUUGACGUCAGAUGUGAAAGCUUUUAACGUUGCUGACCACAGGCAGCUAGGGUGAGGAGCACAGAGUGAGCUCGGAGACGCGUGAGAGAGAGAGAGAGAGAAGGAGGGGAACAGGAGUGAGCUGUCAAGCCUGCCAUCACAGCCACGACUCACUGACAUUACCUGCAACUCCGGGACAGACUGAGGGAUCAGAAUGCAACCCGAACAGCCAGACCAGCCCUGAAAAUAUCGUCAGUCUGCCGUAGAAGCUGAACCAUUGAGGAUUCACCUGAGCCCUGAAGUGGAAUCUGCUAUUCGAUCUUGCUCCAGAUGACCUUGUUGGGCCAGCAGCUUUUGCCUGGACUCGCUUCAGCUGAUAGCAGGUGUGCAUGUGUGAGAGUGUGAGGGUUUUGUCUGCAUGCACUUUGGUUGGAUGCAUGUGAGUGUGAGCAGUGUCCCAGUUGGAGUGUUGCGUGUGUGUAAGUAAGUGUGAGCAGUGCCCCGGUUUGUGUGCUGUGUGAGCAGUGUGCCAGUUUGUGACCAGGGGCGAGAGUGAGUGUGAGCAGUUCCUUGUGUGAGUGUGGACUUGGGCUGAGUUGAGGACAGGCAGAGAGCCGCCAUGCUGGAACAAGUGUCGUUGUUUGUGCAUUCGAUGUGGGAGCUGCUGGUCAGCAAGCACUCUGAAGGGCUGUACAACUCUGUUUGCCUGGCGGUGCUGCUGGUGCUGCCGCUGCUGCUGCUGCUCCUGUCCGUGUGCCUCUGCUGCCAGGGCUGCUGCGGCCGCACCUGCUGCUGCUCCAGUUGCCGCCGCCAACAGCACAACAGAGCCCGCAGGAAGAAACACGACGACCUCUGGAUUUCCAGCCAGCCGCAGCCCAUCAUGAUGGAAAGCCUCACCUUGUCGGUGUGACACGGCCCCGGGCUCCGGCCACCUCCAGGCACCCCUUCCGCUUCGGACAGCAGGACCAUGCCUUCCCUGCAGCCCAACAUACUCACGGACCGCACCAAACAUGAUGACUGACACCCAAUGGAGGGUUCGCCUCCACUCUGCUGCUGAACCUCUUCCCAGUAAUCCAGGCGGCUGUUCCAGGUUGGCCAGUCCAGGACCAUCAGGAGCUCCAGCCCCUUCUCACCAGCACCUUCACAUUGGCACCUCACGGGGCAGGGAUGGAGGUGAGACACCCUACUGGGCUCUGCACCACACCCCAUCUCUCCACACCGCUUGAAAGCAAGAUUCUGUGACCUCCACAGUUACUGAAAGAUGAUUUAUUUAAUAUUGUUGCACAGAGUUUACAAUUGUACACGCCCGUCUGUUACAAGAUGACUGCAGCACAACGAGUUGGUUGUACUCUCCCAGGCCCAUGGUGGAGACAGACUGGUGUCCAAACAAUCCCACAACUCUGUUGUGGGUUUAACUGGACCACACUUUUCUUUUGGGAAAAUGUGCCUUUGAUCCUUUGAAAGCUUGUGAGAACCACCAGGCCAACUACCCACAAAACCCCACUGGCUGGUUAAUGCCUGAAGUGUUCACUGAUUGACUUUGAGACAAUUGGGGCAAGUUUGUCGACAGACUGGCAGCACUGGGCCUGUAUCUGCACUCAUUGCUUUUCAGGUUUCCCCCCAAUUUUUAACAUUUUUUUCCCUUUAUUUUAAUGGAUGUAUUAAUUGUAUGUUUGAAGCUUGUAGUCGAAUGCCUAUUGGAAAUAGUUUGUUCUGCCCAGCUAACAUUGAAACCGUCUGCACUUGGAAACGCUGGAUGCUGCACCCACCAUGGGUCAGAGUGGUGAGACCAUGCAGGUCUUUCACCCCCUUGUCAAGGACUAGUCUAAAUCUAAAGGACUAGUCAUCCAUUUUCAGUCGGAGGAGGAGAGUUUUAGGCUCAAUUCACCCUGUGCCAAUAUCCCCACAUUACACAGUGAAGAGCAAUGUUACUUUUGUGUAAAUAAAAAUUAUUCUA